AUGACAUCCAUCGGAACCGGAUACGAUCUGUCCAACUCGGUCUUUUCGCCGGACGGGCGGAACUUCCAGGUGGAAUACGCCGUCAAAGCCGUCGAGAACGGAGGCACAGCCAUCGGCAUCCGAUGCAAGGACGGUGUGGUGCUGGCCGUCGAGAAGAUCAUCACGAGCAAGCUGCUGAAACCUGGCGCAAACAAGCGGAUCGCCACCGUUGAUCGCCAUGUUGGCAUUGUCUCGUCCGGUCUUGUCCCCGACGGCCGCCACUUCGUUUCCCGAGCCCGCGACGAGGCGUCGUCGUGGCGCGGUGUGUACAAGAGCCCGAUCCCCGUUUCUGCGCUCUCGAAUCGCCUCGGCAGCUACGUGCAGGCCUACACCCUUUAUUCGAGCGUUCGACCCUUCGGUAUCACUGCGAUUAUUGGAGGCUGGGACUCAGAAGCCGAGCUCGCUGUCGACGGCCAGGUCGGGUCGGGCCCGACGUCUGGUGCGGGUGGUAAGGUUGAGGGAGCAAAGUCGGGAGGGCCUGGUCUAUACAUGAUCGAGCCCAGCGGGCUGUACUGGGUAGGUGACGUUCCUUCGCGUGUUUGGGCACAUGCUUACGGUUUCCAGGGAUACUAUGGUGCUGCCACCGGAAAGGGAAGACAAGCGGCGAAGGCGGAGCUGGAGAAAUUAGAUCUUGCGUCUGGUUCCUUGAGUCUGACUGAAGGCGUCAAGGAGGCGGCCCGCAUUAUCUACGUCGCCCACGAGGACAGCAAAGACAAGGAAUUCGAGCUGGAGAUGUCCUGGAUCAGUUCGUUAGACGGUCCGACCAAGGGCCGGCACGAGGAGGUACCCAAAGAACUGCUGGAGGAGGCCGAAAAGGCCGCCAAGAAAUCACUAGAGGGUGACGACGAGGAUGAUGACGAGGGACCGAAGGCCGAGGGCGAGCGCAUGGAGGAAUAG